AUGAACUCCUCGCCCUAUCAGCCUCUGCGAUCAUCCGAUGAUCAGAUCAGGUUGCUGAUACUUCAUCCCGCCUUGAAACACGACGCUCCUAUACAAUGCUUGCUAGAGCCAGCUAUUCUGUCUUCCAACCCCGCUUAUGAGGCUCUAUCUAAUCAUGAUUUCCUUGUGGGAGAUAAUGCAGCUGCCGCGCUCCGCAGAUUGCGAUGGAAGAGGAAGAAGAGAGUGCUUUGGAUAGAUGCAAUCUGUAUAAAUCAAGCUGACGUGGACGAGAAAAAUACACAAGUUCCCCUUACGCAGAAGAUCUACGGACAAGCACAAAACGUCUUGGUAUGGUUGGGAGAGCCUACUGAUGGCAGUAUUCUGGGCAUGAGAUUAAUCCAGAAUAGAAUGGCUAGUGUUGGCUGGCAUCAGUGGAAGAUUGACCAAACCUACGGCAAACCGACACUUCCAUUUUUCAAGUCUGGCAAAAGCUCCAUCGCCAGGAUGAAUCGAUCCAGAUUGAUAGAGGAGCAGAUAAAUGGGGAAGUUCGUGAGCUUCUUGAUCGACCCUGGUGGCGCCGAACUUGGAUCAUUCAAGAGGUCGUGCUGGCAAAGAACAUCCAGAUAAUAUGCGGAGACGAGGUUGUCACGUGGGAUACAGUGGCAUCUCUUCUAAAACGACUUCGAAUAACGCAGGCUAAGGUUCAGGUGUUUGGUGUCAAGCUGAGUGAUCGAAACAUAUUUCCUGAUCGGAUACUCGAACUUUUGGAUGUGCUAUACCAGUUCAGAAUCUUAGAGUGCACGGUUGCGCAUGACAGGAUUUACGGGUUCUUGGGCAUUGUACAUCCUGAUGUCGCUGCUAAGAUAAGCCCGGAUUAUCAUCUCGAUGUACCGCAGGUGUAUCGUGACUUUGCAAGGACUAUGAUACAAGUUACAAACAGCCUACAUGUGCUGAACUGCACAAGACACUGGUCAGGCGUUGAUAAUGGCACUCAACAGCAAAAGGCAUACAGCGUCCUAGAACAGUCAAGAUACUAUGACAUCCAUGCUCUCAUCUUCGACGGGCCAGACAAGACUCCCAGAAGGGGGUGGGCGAGACUGCCUGAUGGCUGGGAGAGAAUACCGAGCAAGGAAAAGUCACUUUUUCGAGACAAUGGGGAUAGGACCAAACAAUCUUCUGAAUGGAGCCCGUUGGAGGGCCAGCAAGCUGUGAGAGCUGAGCACUAUAUCAAGCAGAGAGAACUCUCACCAGGAUGGUCCAAGAUCUGGGACAAUCUUGGCCGUGCAAGAGUGGUGUAUGGCGUUGGGGAGAUGACGAGAGAACACCAACUACGAAAUGAAAAAGAGCUUCUUCGGCAGAGGCUAUCCAGGCUGCCCUCCUGGGUCGCUAACUGGGAGUGUCCAAGUCGAUGGGACCCUAAGCCGUUGGUAAAUUUCUCCCUAUCGCAGCCACGAUAUUUCGCAUCUGGAAACACUACUGCGGAACUGAAUGACCAUUCUAACCCUCGGGUCCUAUGUCUCAAGGGGCAUAUUGUUGAUGAAGUCAGGCAACUUGGUCCCGCAUGGCACCCUGAAACUGAAAGGCCCCCUGUCUCCAGGAAAGGCAUUGAUACUCUCGUCCAAUGGGGGACUCUUGGCCUGAUUGAGCUUCCAGAUUGCCCUUGCAGUGGUACUGGCGGGCGUACAAAUGCCCUCUGGAGAACGAUGAUAGCUGACUAUGCGGGCGCAGGAGCAGCUGAUAGUGAUGACUGGGCUUACAUCGAGACAUGGUAUGAUCGAACUGGAUGGGGUCGUGAGCUCCCAGAUAUGGCAUCGAGAGGAGUAUAUGAGACGGCUACGCUUGAGGGAGAAAUAAGGGAGCUUGAGGGUGUGAUGCAUAACCAAUUUCUUCAGGUUAGGCCUUUGCCUAACGUAGGGACUCGUGAGCUGCUGAAACAUCCGUGGAUGAAUUUUUCCCACAACAAGAAAAGGUAUGGCGGUUAUAUAAAGCGCAUCUAUGCCGCAUGUGCGCAUCGUUCGUUGUUGACAACUUAUCGGGGUUAUAUGGGAUUGGCGCCCUGGAAUGCACAGAUCGGUGACAAAGUGGCUAUUCUACACGGUGGCGAGACGCCUUUCAUUCUGCGAAAUAUCAAGGGGACGGAGGACUUUUCCCUUGUUGGAGAAGCUUUCGUAUAUGGGUUAAUGGCUGGAGAGGGAAUAUCGGAGGCCUUUGGAGGAGCUCGUGAUAUUAAUAUCUUAUGA